CAAUAAUUUUUUCAUUUUCGCUCUUAAAUUUUCUCAGCAAUCAAACAACCUCACCCUCCUUCUGUGGGUAGGUGGUGUCUGUGUGUCACACAGCGACCCGAAAACCCAAACCCAAACAAAAACCAAACCAAUCAAACUCUGUUUUCACUCUCUCUCUCUCUCUCUUCGAUUUCACCGCCGAUCGCUCUCCGUCUCCGUCAAUCGAACUUCUAAAUUCCUAAUUCUCUCUCUACAUUUUCGCCUUUUUCUUUCAUUUUCUUUCUCUAAAAGUUCACAAGUAAGUUUUCUUCAUCCUCUCUCUCUCUCUCUCUCUCCCUCUAUAGCUUUCUCUCUCUGCGUAUAUACAUAUAGAUAUAGCUAUAUAUAUAUAUACAGAUAUAUAUAGACGUAUAUAUGCAUGUGAAUCCGAUUGAUAUAGAUUUAGGCGAUGGGGCAUAAGAAGCGAAACUCUGCUCCGCGUCCCAAACAAUCUCCGGCGGCUUCACCGGCGGCGACUCACCAUGCCGUCGGAGGAGCCGCCACCACUUUUACCGCCGAUUGUCAUACUCCGGCGGAGUCUGAACCAUGCUCGAACGCUAUCGUUCCCAAUCCCAUCGUUCAGGCUAAGAUCGAGACGAUGACGACGACGGCAUCGGCGUUGAUUGAAUCGGACGGCGGUUCUUCGUCGCCUUAUUCCAACAUCAAGCUCGAAUGCGACAGAACCCUAACGGCGCUCCGGCGAGGUAAUCACACUAAGGCACUGAGGUUGAUGAAGGAGUUGUGUCAGCGGCACGAGAACUCGCCUCACUCGGCCCUAGUUCACCGAGUUCAAGGCACUGUGUGUGUCAGAGUGGCGUCGAUUAUCGAUGACCCAAACGCUAAGAACCGGCAUUUGAGGAACGCCAUCGAGUCGGCUCGUAGAGCCGUGGAAUUGUCGCCGAACUCCAUCGAGUUCGCGCAUUUCUAUGCCAACUUGCUUUACGAGGCGGCAAAUGAUGGGAAAGAGUAUGAGGAGGUCGUGCAAGAGUGUGAGCGAGCGCUUUCCAUAGAGAACCCCAUCGAUCCUGCCAAGGAAAGCUUGCAGGAGGAGAGCCAGCAGAGGAUAUCCACCUCGGAAGCUCGAAUUGUGCACGUCCAGAAUGAGCUUAGGCAGCUAAUUCGGAAUUCCAACGUCGCUUCCAUAUCGACUUGGAUGAAGAAUUUGGGAAAUGGGGAAGAGAAGUUUAGGUUGAUUCCAAUAAGGAGGGCUUCGGAGGAUCCAAUGGAGGUGAGAUUGGUCCAAGCUAGGAGGCCAAAUGAGAUAAAGAAGACCCCCAAGACGUCUGAAGAGCGUAGGAAGGAGAUUGAAGUUCGUGUUGCUGCAGCGAGGUUGCUGCAGCAGAAGUCUGAGGUACCUCAAUCGCAAAAUGAAGGGGAUAAGGCUGAUAAAGGAUUGGAUUCGUCUUCGGGAUCCGGUCAGAGAGCAGGCGGCGAGCGUAGGAAGUAUGGCAAUGCUAGGAAAAGUAGGUCGUCUUCGGAAAGGAAGGAUUUUGUCAGGUCGUUCUGGAAUUCUUUGAGUUUUGAUACGAAGAAAGAGAUGCUUAAAAUUAAGGUUUCCGAUCUGAAAGCCCAUUUUGGUUCAUCAAAGGAUGGUUUAGCUAAUGAGGUUAUAUCUGAAGCAUUGUUGUUUGCUGAGAGUAAUAGGACAUGGAAGUUCUGGGUUUGCUGCCGCUGUAAUGCGAGAUUUGCAGAUUCGGAGUCUCAUAUGCAUCAUGUGGUGCAGGAUCACAUGGGAAACCUCUUGCCUAAAAUGCAAACAAUUUUGCCUCAAUGUAUUGAGGAUGACUGGAGGGAGAUGCUUCUGAACUAUACUUGGAAACCAUUGGAUGUGUCAGCUGCAGACAAAAUGCUCAGAAAUCAAACAAAAUGCAGAGACUCUGAAUUCGUUGAGGGUUUCUGUGAGGAUCAUAAUGGGGAUUGCAAUGGCUGCUUCAAAGAUGUAUGGGAUUCUUCAUCUCAUAAGGAAAUUCUAGGAGACAGUCACGGUGAUAGUACUGUUGAAAGCACUGACUGUGAGAAAAUUGUGAGCAUUGAGUGUAGAGAAUGUGAUGAACACAAUGGGUCUAUUCCAUAUUCUUCCCUUGCUUAUAACUGGCCAAUAUCUGAUGACUCUGAACGGGCAAGGCUUCUUGAAAGAAUUCGUGAUGUGUUUGAGGUGCUUAUCAGACAUAAAUAUCUAGCUACAAGCCAUCUUAACAGGUUGAUACAAUUUACAAUGGAUGAACUACAGCGUAUUGCUUCAGGUUCUCAGCUUCUUAACCAUGGUGUGGAGCAAACACCUAUGUGCAUUUGCUUUCUGGGAGCUUCCCAGCUAAGGAAAAUCCUAAAAUUUUUGCAGGAACUUUCCCAUUCUUGUGACUUAGCUAGAUAUUCUGGGAGUAUUAAUCCGGUGGAUGAUGCAAAUAGUGGUACUCAAAGUCUAGAGAUUAAAGAGCGGAUUGUUCUCAAUGGAGAUGCAUCAUUUCUUCUUCUGGAUGAAUGUUUAUUGUCGGCUGAGAGCACUCCUAUCAUUGGUCAUCAUGCUGCUACACCUGAUGGAAAUGGUGCAGCUUCUGCUAUUGUCAGCCAUGCAAAUGGAGUCCUCACUGAAUCCAAUACACUGCUAUCCUGGAUAUUUUCAGGCCCUGCUAGUGGAGAACAAUUGGCAUCAUGGGUGCAUACAAAGGAAGAGAAGACACAUGAAGGUAUGGAGAUACUACAGAUGCUUGAGAAGGAGUUUUUCCACUUGCAGACCCUUUGUGAUAGAAAAUGUGAGCAUUUAAGCUAUGAGGAGGCAUUACAGGCAGUGGAGGAUCUGUGUGUUGAAGAGGGUAAGAAGAGGGAAAAUGCUACAGAGUUUGUUCAUGAAAGCUUUGAGUCUGUUUUGAGAAAGCGGAGAGAAUACCUUGUUGAGAUUGAAAAUGAUGUGAUGUUAACCAACAGUCAGAUUGAGUUGGAUGCUAUAUCAAGUGUUUUAAAAGAAGCAGAAGCUCUUAAUACCAAUCAGUUUGGAUAUGAGGAAACUUAUGCUGGUGUUACUUCUCAGUUAUAUGAUUUGGAAUCUGGUGAAGAUGAUGACUGGAGAGCCAAGGACUAUUUGCAUCAAGUGGAUACUUGUGUAGAGGUUGCAAUUCAGAGGCAGAAGGAACAAUUAUACAUAGAGCUUAGCAAAAUUGAUGCACGAAUCAUGCGGAAUGUUUCUGGGAUGCAGCAGCUGGAACUUAAGCUUGAGCCUGUUUCUGCACAUGAUUAUCGGUCAAUUUUACUGCCCCUUGUGAAGUCGUAUUUGAGGGCACAUUUAGAAGAUCUGGCGGAGAAAGAUGCCACUGAAAAGUCUGACGCUGCAAGAGAAGCAUUUUUAGCGGAACUUGCUCUUGAUUCUAAGAAGGGUGUCAAAGGAGGAAAUGAUUUUUCAAGGCAUACACAAGAAAAGUCAAAGGAUAAGAAAAAGAACAAGGAGUAUAAGAAAGCUAAAGAUUCAAAGGCUCCUGGUAUUUCUGAGCAGCACAUAUUUCAUGAUGAGACUUGUGAACCGGUGUAUGGCAGUUCAAUUCCAGUUGCAACUGAUGGAGACCAUCCUGAUUCUGAGAUUGUUAAUUCUUUGAAUGGUGAUGACUUUAAACAAGAGGAAGAGGAAUUUAGACGUAGAGUUGAACUUGAAGCGUUGGAAAGAAAGCUUGAAGAGACUUUGGAGUAUCAAAGACGAAUUGAGAAAGAGGCUAAACAGAAGCACCUUGCUGAGCAGCAUAAGAAAUCUUCUUGUUUGCAUUCAGAGAAGGCGGACGAUGGGCUGCUGAAUAAUGUGUAUUUAAAGUGUGCCCCUGUUGAUUCAGGUGUACAAGAGCAGUCUAAACCUUUUGUACAGCAGCAGUUGGAUCAUAAGAAUGGGAUCCCAAACAAUUUUGAAGGCAUGCCUUUAAAGACUCCAAAUGGUUCUGCGGUGAUGAAAUCUUCAACUGUUUUACAAGGCCUACCAAAUGGGGGAGUUUCAGAGGAUGGUUAUUUGCCUUCUGAUCGACGGACAGGAAGGAGAAGUAGAAGGCAGAGGAAUUCUGCCAAAAUUUCUGAUGGAAAGCAUCAAAAAAUCUCUUCCAACAAGGAAAAUAUGGAAAUCAGGAGUUUACAACUUCAGGGUCGCCUGAAAGAGCAAGCUACAUCCCAUGACAAUGCCCUUGCUGAUGGCAUUAUUCCAGUUUCGGGAGACAAUGGAACAAAGUCAUUGAGACAGCUACAAGCAGAAGAUGAUGAAGAAAGGUUCCAAGCUGACCUUAAAAAGGCUGUGCUCCAAAGCCUUGAUGAUCUCCAAGCACAACAUAAAGUGCCCUUAGUUUCAAAAUUGAAGACACCACAUGGGAUUUCAGGGGAUGUAGAUAACAGAGGCAUUUCUCCUAGUGAUGUGACAAUUAACAAUGUGAAUGGAGGUGAUGUAUAUGGUACAGGUUUGAAGAAUGAAGUUGGUGAAUACAACUGCUUUCUAAAUGUUAUCAUACAGUCCUUAUGGCAUAUUAGACGGUUUCGAGAUGAGUUCCUUGGGAGAUCAACAUCUGAACAUGUCCAUGUGGGUGAUCCUUGUGUUGUCUGUGCAUUAUAUGAAAUAUUCAAGGCCCUUAACGUUGCAGCUAUGGAUGCACCGAGAGAAGCAGUCGACCCUACUUCUUUGAGAACAGCUUUAAGCAAACUGUAUCCUAAUAGUAAUUUCUUUCAGGAGGCUCAGAUGAAUGAUGCUUCUGAAGUAUUGGCAGUAAUAUUUGACUGCCUGCACCGGUCGUUUACUCCUGGUUCAAGUGUUUCUGAUACUGACUCACUGGAAAGUAAUUGCAUGGGGUCUUGGGAUUGUACAAAUAAUUCUUGUAUUGCGCAUUCCAUUUUUGGAAUGGAUAUUUUUGAACGUAUGAAUUGCUAUAAUUGUAGUCUGGAGUCCAGGCGUCUCAAGUACACUUCCUUCUUUCAUAAUAUAAAUGCCAGUGCCCUCCGAACUAUGAAGGUUAUGUGCAAUGAAAGCUCCUUCGAAGAGCUUUUGAAUCUUGUAGAGAUGAAUCAUCAACUAGCAUGUGAUCCUGGGGAUGGUGGUUGUGGCAAGCUCAACUACAUACACCACAUUCUUUCAACUCCACCUCAUGUUUUCACGACAGUUCUGGGUUGGCAGAAUACUUGUGAGGAUGCUGAUGAUAUUACUGCAACAUUAGCAGCUCUUAAUACUGAUAUAGACAUCAGUGUUCUUUAUCGUGGUCUAGAUCCAAAGAACAUGCACGGCUUGGUUUCUGUGGUGUGCUAUUAUGGGCAACAUUACCAUUGCUUUGCCUAUAGUCAUGAGCAAGGACGCUGGAUUAAGUACGACGAUGGAACUGUCAAGGUAAUUGGUGACUGGGCUGAUGUUCUUACGGAGUGCGAAAUAGGGCAUUUGCAACCCCAAGUUCUGUUCUAUGAAGCUGUAAACUAAAUUUUAUUGGAUCUCAAAACAUUAUUUGCCAAAUGAGCAAAUCAGGUUGUGUGAAGUUGGGGUGUCCAAACAUUGUCUACUUCGAGCAGUGAAAUCCUGCUUACACCACAUUUCACAGAAGAGUAAUAUUUCCAAAGUUGGUUCCAGAGAAGUGUUUCAGUAGAAAGGUUCCAGAAUUGUGAUAUAGAAUUAAUUAACAGUUUUGUGAUAUAAUCAAAAAAGUUUUUGUAGGAGCAGCUGGUGCUCAGGGAAGUAACCAUUGUAUCAGAAGAGUUUCUUCCAAAACCAGAUAAUUGAAGAGCCAAAAAGUACAGUAGCUUCACCAUACAUGAUCAGUCAAUGUCCUGGAAUUUUUACCUAUUAUUUCUUGGACAUCUCCAAUAAGGUGGUUUAGUUGAUGUGGGGGAGAGAGAAUGCAGGAAUUACAAGAAUGUGGCUUUUUGUUCAUGCCGAAUAGAAAUGGAAUUGGGCGGAGUCUAUAAUGGCAGUGGAUUGUCAGUUGCUUAGAACAUAUAACAGUUGUAACAGGGGAAAUUAGUUUUCUAGAUUUCAAAACUAUCUGCUUGAUGUUAUCAAAAUUUUCUCCAAAAUUUCCCCGCUCAAGUUUUUGAAAGAAAAAGGGUUUUGUAUAGAUGACAUUAUGGCCUCUUGGGUCCUUACAACUGUAGCAUACAAGUGAAGUUGUGACAUCAUGCUAAAUGAGGAAGUGAAAAAGUUUAGUUUUGAUGCCA